AUGUCAGUGCUGCUGCCGCCGCCGCCGCCAAAGGUGGACUACUCGAAAAAGCAGGCGACAAACAGUCGCAUCUACGGCGACGUGUUGCACUACAUCAAAAACGCGGAAUGUGCAAAUGAGAUGGUCGAGCAUAUGCUGGAAAAAGUUGAGGCUCGGCUGUCGUCGGUAUCCGCUGAAAUCCGCAGCGUCGCCCAUCAUUUAGUAGCUGCUGUCGAGGAACGUCGCGAUGCGCUGUUGCAGCAGGUGGAGACGGUUCGUGGUAGAAAGGGUCAGGUGCUGAAUGCGCAACGCGACAAGCUGCAUCAGUACCUUUCAAAGUUAAACGCUAUCCUGUCUAGUCUCGAGUUCUGGUCUCCCGACAGCCCCGAGUACGAAACGAAGGCACGCACCAUCCUCAAAGAGCAGUGCGGUAACAUCAACGGCUUGCAGCCGCUGCUUAGCCCGCAGGAGGACGACAAAGUCGUCUUCAUACCUCCCGAUGCUAACCUAUGCACGAUCCUUGCUAGCUUCGGCUUUAUCCUUUCCGGGGCGUACGCACCUAAUUCCGUCAUUGUUGGUGAAGUCAGUCGGCAUGCCACGAAAGACAAAAAUAUUUGCCUAACAGUACAGGCUAAAAGCCACAUAGGAGAGCAAUGCACCACAGGUGGCGAUCAUGUUACAGCAGUUGCCUACGUUCCGAAUGGUAUGACUAUCCCGGUGAAAAUCAUGGAUAAACAAAACGGUCGAUAUUUGUGUAGCUAUACUCCUUCGGUGGAAGGAGAGCAUAAGGUAAAUCAAGGUGUUGUUGAGUUGGUUCAUAUCUUUAUCAGGGGACUGCCGAUACAUGACAGUCCGUUCGUUGUUAACGUUAAAUGUGGGCGCGACUACUGUGGCAUCAAGGCGCAACCAAUUUUUUCGUUCGGCGGCGAAGGAACGGCCAACGGUCUGUUGUGUCGCCCAUGGGGCAUCACCUGCGACAGACUGGGUCGCAUCAUCAUCGCCGACCGCAGCAACAAUCGCGUUCAGAUUUUCGACAAGGACGGCAAGUUCCUGACCAAGUUCGGCUCGCUGGGCUGCCGCAGCGGUCAGUUUGACCGACCGGCCGGCGUCGCCGUCAAUUCUCACAACAAUAUCAUCGUAGUCGACAAAGACAAUCAUCGCAUUCAGGUACGUUUGAGUCAAAUGGCACUAGUAUCCGUUUUAUCUGGCCACGGCCAAUGCCCUGCGAUGACGAACAUUUGUGGUUUAUGCUAUGUGUUCACAGAGAACGGUGACUUUCUGUUCAAGUUUGGGGAGAAGGGUCGGGAACCCGGCCGCUUCAACUACCCAUGGGACGUCGCGGUGUCCAGCGAAGACGUCAUGGCCGUGUCGGACACGCGCAAUCAUCGAGUGCAGGUGUUCAACGCUUAUGGUGUAUUCCUGAAGAAGAUCGGAUUCGAAUCGUCGCUGUUCUAUAAGCAGUUUGAUUCGCCGCGCGGCGUGGCGUUCUCCAGCGAUGGUCGUCUGUUCUGCACCGACUUCAACAACCAUCGACUAGUGAUCGCUGAACUAAAGAGCGACAAGCUUAAGUUCUUCGGACGAGAAGGUGACGGCGACGGCUGCUUCAAGCGACCUCAGGGCAUCGAAAUUGACGCACAAGGCAACGUGGUUGUCGCCGACAGCCGCAACAACCGCAUCCAGGUAUUUUCGUCGCAGCUGAACUUCAUGUGCAGCUUUGGGGUGCAUAACAUAAAUGCCCACCCGCGCUCGGUCAUGGAUCGACCUUGCGACGUUUGUGUAACAGCCGACGGUCGCAUUUUCGUGGUCGAUUUCGGCAACAACAAAAUACAUGUGUUCUGA